CUUAGGUAUCUUCCAGUAUCUUCGUCUCAUGAAAAAAACAAAUGUGAUGGUUUUUAUAUUAUAAAUAUGGCGGAAUCGGAAGCUCAAGAAGUCGGACUGUCGCUUGGUGGGUACGAUGAAGAAUUUAUAAAUGCCGUCGAAGACGAUUUACAGUGUACAAUCUGUCAUCUACCUUUGAAGGAUCCAAUGCUGACUAAGUGUGGCCACAGAUGUUGCAAGAAGUGUCUUGAUGAACACUUCAAAAGGUAAGCAAUUUCUGAGUAUUAAAUACCAUCUAGUACCCACUUUGAUCAAAAUUAUUUGCUAUUAUUGUAUUGGAACAGAGUAAAUUUUGUCACCUGCAACCAUUUAAGCUUAUUUUGAUUUCCCUCUGGCGCUUGCCCCGUGAUCAUGCGGUGUCAUUAGUGACGGGGAUGAUCCAACGGAGGCAAAACUCAAAACCCAAGUUUUAAAAUCCCCAGGGCUUCAAAAAACCCUAACAAAACACCUGGACCAAAUUUUAUCCCCCCAAAAAUUCCGUGCCGAAUUUUCGAGCCUGAGAAUUCAUUUCAGGGUUUUCACAUGACGUCACUUAAAAAUCAAACUAAAAAACUAUCGAUCCUAUGGAGAUUUUACUUUUACGAUGCAUUAGAGCAGCUGAAAACUAAUUUUCAUACAAAUUUACGCUUGAAAAGGGUUCUUGGUUUUGUGAUAGAGUACGCUUGAAUUUCUAAGCUUUUGCGUUACGCGGCAUUUACAUACGGCCAAGAGAGCUGUCAUGUAGAUUAAAAAAAUGACUUAUUUCAGGAAAUUUUGCUAUCUAAACAGUUCAUGUAUUAGAAAAAGUAUUACUUUAAUGUUUAUGAGUUUCUCGAGGAAUAAAUUCACGCUUUUGUAGCAAAACUUGGUAAGAGAUGUUUCUGUUGGUUUCCGUCCACUAUGUUGGAGCUCGUCCAGGUGAGCACCAGCAUGGCGACACCAUACAAAUCUCUACAAGUUUGGGUAAAACAUUUCUUCGGAUAUCUCGUAUACGAAAUAUUCCUCUGACCAGAAUCUUGGCGGGAUGAAUCUUGGAUGGGACACUUACAUGUAUGAAUAAGGCCAUCCCCUUAGCUUGAGGUCCGGUACCCUAGCAUCAUUAGCAUCAUUGUGGAGCUGUGAAACAAGAAGACAAAAAAGCAAAUGGCAGAAAUGUGAUACUUGUAGUCGAUUGUCAUAGUACAAUCAAAAGAUACACUGCCAACACUACUAUAUGUUGUUAUGAAAUGUCAUUACAAUGCUCAUUUUUGAGAUAACAAGAAUUAAUAAUUAAUUCUUGUUAUCUCAAAAAUGAGCAUUGUAAUUGAAGGAAUUAUUUUUAUUAUUUUUCGAAAAUGCAAACAUUUGGGUUGCUUGGCUGUCACUUAUUUGCACAAGAAAGCAAAACCCUGAGGGAUUCUGGUAGUAGUAGUAUAAAAAUGACAAAAUCAUGAAAAUGAACACAAUGAGCUUAAUGAAAUAUAAAGCCUUGAUGGAUACACGUCAGCAUACUUUUCGGAGGAUGAAUAAGGCCAUCCCCUUGAGGCCCAGUACCUCCCCCGCAAGUAAAUGUGAUGUUUGAUGUCAUAGCAAAAGUAAAACAUGGCAAAAAGGAUACACUGCCCAGCGACACUUCUAUUAUUAUUUAUUAAAAUCCAACUAGUGCUCUAUUAUCAAUGCUGUGUUCUGAUUGGUUGAGCUGCUACUAGGCUAUAUGUUAUAGCCCACUAGUAGUGAAAAGCGCCAGCAAUUUGGUGGGCAAAAAAUGAUUAAAGUGUAGCUUUAGCUAGCUAAAGUUGUUUUGUCGCGAUAUUUUUGACCAACUAGUUGGAUUUUCCUAAAACAAUUAUUCCUCUCGCCCUUAUGGCCUCUCGAGUCAAUAGCCCAUUCGGCCUUCGGCCUUCAUGGGCUAUUGACUCAGGGCCCAUUUGGGCUCAAGGAAUAAUUGUUAAUAAUUUUGUGAAAUGCUGUUACAAUGCUCAUUGCAUGUUCUGAUUUAAACAAUCAAUUAAAGGCGUUAUUAUUAUAAUUUUAUUUGAAAAUGCAAAAAUUUGGGUUGGUCAAACGACACUAAACAAGGAAAAAGGGGAUGGGACCUGUUUUAUGGAAUGUUGAGUGUGUAGUAUAAUAAUUGAAUGUGUUAAUUUUUUAAACAACCGCAAAACAAGUUUGGUUGUGCUAAUGCAACGCAGAACUGCAGGGGUGAGAAAACGGGAAAUUCCACAAAUAUUCAGAUGGUUUGAAUACCCCCCAAAUAUCCCUACUCAAAUCAAGACACCCACAGUGAAAUGCAAACAUUGUACAGCAUAUGAACAGGUCCCUCUCUUGGGGUACUAUCGUAUCCUCUACUGAGGUCUUCUGGCAAGUUUAAAUGCAAUCCUUGAAGUCUCAUAUGAAAUAUUGCUUCAUUAGCCAUUAUACUCUCUUGUAACUGAUUUGCACAGGUUGGAGGUGAACAAUGAAUUGUUAAAUUGUCCAGUAGACCGAAACACCCUGAUACGAGAUAAGGUAGGUGACUUGUGGUAUUGUUACUUCGUCAGCUUUGGUGUGGAAAUGUUAAUGUGAAAAGUUCGUUUUUAAAAGAAGGGUAUUUUCAGCACCAGAGAAAGUCUCUGUAGUAGUCUGUAUGUUUUUUCUUUCAAAACUGCCAGAAGUUUCUUUCUGGUAUUUAAAACUUAUUAUUAUUCAUUCAAAAUAUUUCCCCGAUUCCGAUUGGCUAACAGCACACGUUUAAUUCACCAUAACCAGUUACUGAAGACCAAAUUUGGAAGAAUUUUGUGUUUAGCAAGCAAAUGACGUCAAAAAUGCAGCGUUCUUGCAGGUUAAUGCACCAUUAACCGAGAAGACCUGGGGACGAGGUUGAGUUGUUUUGGUUGUGAACUUGAAAAAUGGUGGACAUUUCACUCAUUUCAAGAGUAAGAACUAGGUGAAAAAAUUGCUAAAAACAUGGCAAGAACGGCAAGAAGACAACUCGAAGGGCGACAUCUGCUAUUUGGAGAAUAUUUGCGGAGCUGAACAUCCCUAAACGUGCACUAUCGAAGAUGAACUUAACAUCGAUGGAUUGAUGGAGGUGAGCAUGUUUUAGCCAUGUUUUUAAACUAGGAAUUAUUUUGAAUGAAUAAUAAAACAAUUAUUGAACUCGGCUUUCGUAUCAUAUGAAGAAUUAUGGAGAUCUCGGAGGCUGUUAUCCACCUUGGCCUACGACGGAUGACAACCUCCUCAAUCUCCAUAAUUCUUCAUAAGAUACUCAGCCUCAUUUCAUUAAUUGUUAAUUUAAUCUCAUCUGUAGCCAAAACAUUCAAAUAUUGCAAAAUGAGAAGUUACAGAACUCUUUUGUGGCUGCAUUGCACUGUAGUCUGAGGAAGUGUUUGGUUUUCUGAAUUUGUGAAGGUUUCAAUGCUAUCAAUAUUAAUAUUGCUUAUUUAAUAACCAUGCAUCUGGAAAAAGAAAUUAUUGUUUUGGGAAAAGUCUUGAAAUUGCAAGGACAGUUAGUGUGCAAUGCUUCACUUGUAGGAUGUUUUCGCUGAUAAAGCUACGGAACGGAAGAUUCUUUCCUUGGCAAUCAAGUGUCCAAGUGAGGGUUGUGACUGGACUGGUGAACUGAGAAACAAAGAGGUGAAUAGAGGCUUAGACUAUUAACUAUGUACUGGAGGAUUUUAAUACUGGGCAGGAACAGACCUUUUUCCCAGCGGGUAGCCCCUGCCAGCUAUUUCAUUAUUUUGAAAAAACAUUCUCAUGGGAGGAGAAAGGGGAUUAUCUUCUGCAUUAGGGGUUAGGCAACACAGCUGUCAACUAGCUCUUCUAGAAACCUGCAUGAUUAGACGGGUAUCUUUCGAUUCUGUGAGUUACAUGUAAUACAUUAAAUAAAAUACAUGUGACAGCCUAGAAUGCACUGAUGACAUGGCAACUAGUUGCAAUAAUAUAAAAGGCAACAAAAUGCAUUUUAUCCACACCCAAGGCAUAUAAAAAAUGUGCCUCAUAUCUUUUUCCAGAUUCACUUGGCUUCAUGCAAUUUUAUGCUCAUUUCCUGUUCCAAUGGAAACUGUGAAAUGAAAGUAUCAAGGAAAGAUCUUGAAGAUCAUGCAACCAAGAAAUGUCAGUGGAGGACUGUGCAUUGCGAUCACUGCUGUGAACUCUAUCCAGACUGUCAAAUGGAGGUAAACAACCACAUUCUUCAAUCAUUACAGCAGACCCCCCCCCCCCCCCUUAAGGUGCCUUCACAUCUGCACAGGCUGUAACCGCUGAGCGGUACCCUCCCAGUAUUAGAGGAAUCUCUAUCUUUUUUUCUAAGUUCUAAUUUACCACUACCACUACCACUACCUGCUACUAGUGCUAGCACUUUUACUAGGACUAUGGAUCACUACUGCUUCAAAAAAGUCGUUAUUUACGUGUGAUUAAAAUGCAAAUCCUUUUUUAACAAUAAAAGUCAUAAUUAAUUAAGCCAUUCGCUCCUGGAAAUUUUGCGGAUAAACGUCUUUUGAAGCUUAUUGUCAAGAUGUUUUCUGGUCUCUGUAUGGCCAAAAUGAACCGAAACUGCCCGUGACAUUGUUUUAUUAGUUAAGCACUUCACGGCUUUCAGUUAGCCUGUGCACGGAUCCCCUUCCCCUCUCCGAUUUUUCCUGUGGGAGGUUGGGGGGAGGGGGGGGGAGGGCACAGGAUACUUUCUGUCCCAGAUUUUUAAUACCAGCUUCCCAAAUUUGGGGCAUAUUUCCCAAAAAGUAAAAUUUCACAAUGUCUCAUCCUCUCUCUCUUUUUCUUUUGCUGGGCAUUAUUACUAGUCUUCAUUUCGGUGAGUAAAGUCGUGGGGGAAAACGUUUAGGACCGUAGGAUUAGAUGGAAAGAAGUGCAGAUGGGUAGUGGAACAGAAUUUUCAUUGUAAUUUACGGGUUUUUUGCGUUUUUCUCUGGACCGUACGGUUUGACUGAAUCGUGGUUAUUUAGGUUUGGGUUGAAAGAUCUCUUCCCCUUGCACACAUAAGAUAUCAAAGUUAACUUUAACUUUCACACGGAUCCGCACAGGUGGUUUUACGGUCGGUUCAGGGGUGAAUGGGUUGAAGUAAUGAACACUUAAUGACUGGUCACGAGGGAAACAGGUAAUUUUGUUUCCCAAGAAUCUCAAUUAAAUAUAAGUGUUUCCCUCGGGACCAGUCUUAAAGUGAUUUGUUAUAUAGCCCACGAAGAAAAAAACUUUUUCAUGUACAAAUUUAUGAGAAUAAAUCUCGCGAGUGGUCAACAUUCGCAGGUAAUAGUGUAUUGUCACCCUCUGACGUCAUAGACUUUGCAAUGUUGCCUGCCCAGAGAGCGCGCUGUUGGGAAAAAAAUCCAGCUACAUAACGAUAAGACGUUUUCAAAGGCUUCACGUAUAGUGCAAACGGCAAGCGUCAGAUUCCAGUUGAGAAUUUCUCAAAAUAGAAAAUGAGCAGAUAAAAACAGCUCAAAACAAUUCUUAUGGAUAAAAAAUUGCGUGAAACUACUAAUCUAUGAGAAGAAAUAAUGAACAGUAAACAACAAGUAAUGGCGAACCUUGGUCACGUGGUACAAAUUCGCGUUUGACAUUUGACGUAAACGUGGUAAUUAACCUCUCAAAUAUAGUUUUAAACAAUCAAGUGACAAAUAAUAGCGGAGCUCCCGCUCGAAGCGCAUGGAUCUUAGUGCCACAAGUAAUAUCUAUUUCCAUCCAAGAAUUGGUAGUCAUGCCGGCAAAUCUGUCCGCCUGCCCUUAAGAUUAUUAUUUGCUUUUCAACUAACAAUAGCCAUCUAAUUCAUGCCAAUUCUUUGAUGUCUGUACAUACAGUAUGUUGCCCAGUAUCCGGACACUUCAGUUUAAGAUUGCAAUAACUUUCCUUUGUUAAUCGCAGGAGCUCUGAAAUUUGGCACAGAGAAUAUCUAUCUAGUCCUUAAUAUGACGAAAGACAGUUUAACUUUUUUGCUUUUGUUUCCAUGGCGAAAUUAAUAUUUUUGCAGAGCUCCUAUGUUGCCCAGUAUCCGGACAGCUGGCCCAGUAUCCGGACACAACAAUAACAACGUAAUUGUACAUAAAUUUCGAGAGGCAAGCGACUUAUAAGGUUCUCUUGCACUUGCAAAGUAGUCUGGCAAUCGAUUCCAAAAAUAUGACCUAGCAUCGUGAAAUAAAACAUAACAAAUGACUGGGGUAUGGUGAGGAACGCGAGCGGCUGUUUUAAAAAUGGAAUAAUUCUUACUUCCUUGUCUAGGAACUAUUUCACUGAUUUAAGGAAGGCAUCCGUCGACAUGCCGAAACCGCCGUUUGCAAGCUCAAUUAGCCAAUCUGCAAGCGACUUUCUUUCUUCAUUUUUUAUUUAAAAAAAAAAAAGCUUGGGGAAGGGACCUCAACCGACCGUCAAAGGUCACUCUCCUAUUUAGUCUGACCUGCAGUGUUGAUUUCUUCAUGCUCAUGAUCAGUCCCCACAAUAAGCCUGCUUUUCUAACACUAAUUGCUCCUUCUUUCAAAUCUCUCAAUCCCUUUGUGACAUUUUUCAGACCGUUGCAACCCCAUUCUUGCAGUCACAACUGGGGAAAGUAUGAGAAUUCCAGGUUCAACUCAGACGCUUUCAGUUAUAUAUAGAAAAUGCAGUCACUCGAAACAAGCCGUGCAUACGAAAUCAACUCGCCUCUGAAUGAGUGGAGAAAAUUUCCAUACGGAGUUGAGUAGAAUUACAUUUUACGACUAUAUCAUAUAUCCUAAGCUUUAAUUAUAGUUACUGAUAUGAAAUAAAUCUUAUCCGGAUAAUUUACACAGCUAAUUCAUCGAUUCUGUACAGCAAAGAAAAAACUGUCCGGAUACUGGGCACAUGACAUCAAAACUUAGUGAAUGUUUCUGGCCUCCGUUAUUCCAAACAAAUCGAAUUUCAAGAAGAAUUAAUAAACUUUCUGAAAUCUGAAUUCCUUAAGUGUCUUCACUUUAAAAAUAAAACAGUUUUUUUGAAAAUAUCACACAUUACCCUCCCUUUUCUGAGCAGCACUAAUUUUACUGCGCAGUAAACAGCGUAAAUAUUAGCCAUGAAAAGUUUACUCACCUGAACAGAACGGUGUCUUCUGCGACUGUUUCGAAAGCUUUUAAAUCGCCAAAACUUUCAUCUUAAAGUUGAAAUGUUCAGCUUUAAUUUGAAAUACUUCGUUUACCGAGAACUGAAAAGGGCGCCUCAAAAAUUGAGUUUUUGUUUCAAGUGUCCGGAUACUGGUUCCGUCCGGAUACUGAGCAACAUACUGUAUCCUGUGAAUUGCUAAUCUGACAGUUUUUGUUGAAUCUAUUUUGCCACUUGUAGCUGCAUAUCAAGAACUGUAGGAAGUUCCCUGUGCAAUGUUCUGACUGUGGACUGGAGAUGCAACAAGAAGAGGUGAAUUACACUGCAACUCUCUCCCACUUGAAUAUUGGUCAAUUUUAGUUACUAUUGAUUGUGAAGUUUUUAGUAAUGGUCCUGAUAAGAAGGAAAGCACCAAACGCAAUGAACACGUCGAAAUGCAAAAACGUUGCGUACUUUACUAUAGUCUCCACUAUACUUCUGAUUGGCUUAAACAGCAAAUUUUAUGAAGACUUUGCAAAGCAGCUUGUACAUAAAUCCUUAGUUUUCUAACCAACUUCCUUAUACCAAUAACAAAACCUUGUCCGAGUCCAAGUAACACAGAAAUACGUAAAAUUGUAAACUUUUCUGGGCUGUUUGCAACUCUUAUGAUUGAUUAAAAUCUUUUAACACAAAAAAACACUCCUUAAAACUGGAGUUUUAAAUACAUUUUAUUUAGUAAACUGCCUUUUGGUAGGUUUAUGCAUUCUUCGUUUGAAAAUGAAAACAUUCCUAUGUGAAAAGAAAUUGCUUUCCGUCUUACCCGGAUUAAGGACCUUACGAUUUGACAACGGCGGCAUCCAAGGAAACGUCGCUGAAAAAUAGACUUUGCAUCCUUUCACUUUUUUUCGCGAUUAUUCCAAGGGGCCCAGUUACUUAAAAGAAGGGAAUUUAGAUUGGAGCUGAAGAGAAGGGACCGCGCCCGAGUUCGGACAGAGAAGGUACAAUUUAUCGCUUUGCCUUUCACGUUCUCAAGCAAAAGUAAUGUACAAGAAAGCGUGAUGCACGUGCAGAGUUGCGGUUUUGCUCGUCAAACCUGUUGCUUUUUGACUUUCCCGUUACCUUCGCCGUCGUAGUUUCGUAAGGUCGCUAAAUUACUUAAUUAUUCCAGCUUUGGAAUGUGUCUAUGUCCAACAAAAACCCAUUGUUCUGCUUGCUUGUGGUCCAACAUUAUGGUGCAGGUAUGUCACUUGUGUUAAUGCUUUUGCCUUUGCUAUCUAUCAGGGCUCUAUCUAGGGUAUUUGAAGGGUAGAAGCUUCCCCUCUCCCAAAAAAUGCCCAGCUUCCCCCCAAAAAGGAUUGUUAUCAUUACAGUAUAUAAGUAACUAUAUUGCAAAAAUCAUCUAGACACGACGAGGUCAGUGCACACACUUUUCUCAAAAUUGUGUCUCAAAUGCACCAGAUUGCAUUCCAGCGCAUAUUCAUUUCAAAAACAAUUGCGGGGGGCGUUUCCCCAGACCCCACUAGGAAGUUCCUGGCCUUCGGCCACUCGGGACUUCUCCCCCAAACGAUAAAUCCUAGAUAGAACCCUGUACUAAGUAACCUAUUCUCUUUGUUACAGAGUUAUUCGGCAUUCUAAGGAUUUGAUAACCUAGCCCGGAGAAUAACUCAAAUGUCCUGUUAGUGUAUAUUUUUUCACUGUCCAUUCUUGGGCAGCGAUGCUAUAGGGUGAUAAACCUUUUUGAGCUGGUAAUUAUGUACAUUGGUACCUCUUCGGUAUGGACAACAAAGGGAUGGACUCAGGAGUUUGCAAAAUUUAUACAGAGGUGUCUGAAUUUUGGUAUUUUCAUAAGAACCCGUUGAUUAAGUUCAGACUGUUUUAUCAUGCAUCACUAGUUUUAAAUUCACUUACAAUUUUGACCGAAUCAUCAUUAUUACAAGUAGUUCGACAAUAUUUAGAAAAUAUGGGUGACGUUUGAGAUAUACUAAGACUCGUGUCCGAUAACACAGGGUGUCUUCUUAAUGUGGGGUCUUCUUAAUGAAGUUUUCAGUUGUCGUUUGAUGCAUGUUCAAAGAAAUCACAUUAUGAGUGAAACCAGGUCCGGCCUUCUGUUUCAGUUGCCUGAUCAUAUUCAAAACAAAUGUCCUUGAGCAGUAAUCCAGUGCCCUUACUAUUACAUUUGCUGCAAUGUGGAGGUAUGUACUUUGAAUUUAACAUGUUCUAUACCUUUCUCAAACACAUACACAUUGUACACUCACAGCCACUCUUUUUUUCUCUCUAUCUCUCUUGUACUCCGGCCAAUUGAAUUUUCUUUUGUGAUAUGAUGGAGAGCAUGCGCGAGUUGGCCGAAGGUGGCCGCGUUUUUUGAGAGUGCGGAGAUGCCAUCCCUCAAAUAGGUAUAAUCCUUGGGAAAGAGCCGUUUAUCAGCAUGAAAGAUAUCACUAAGAGCAAACUUCAUAUAUGGUUAAGAAGAACAAAUGAGGGGACCGUGGUUCCACUGAAGAUGAGUCAAAGAUAAACGCUUUAAAACGUCUCAACAUGGCGGCGUCUGCGACAGAAGAACUGACGGAGCCAAAAGAGGUUCACUCUACUCCUACUCUCGCAGAUAUUCUUGGAAUAUUACAAAGCAUACAAAACUCAAUGAAUAAACUUGAGAGAGAUUUAGCAGAGCUAAAAUCCUCCUGCAAGACGCAAGAAACUAAAUUGAAAAACACACAAGAAGCGCUAAAAGGUGCGAUUGAGAGCAACAAGUAGCUCAGGACGGAACUGCAAGCGACUAAAGGUCAAGUAAAGAAGCAAGACGAACAUAUUAAUGAUUUGCAUGAUAGAAUCGAUGCGUUGGAAUAAUAUUCAAGAAAGAACUGCGUCGAAAUUUUAGGAAUUCCAGAUGAUGUUUAGGAGAACGAAGAGGCAGUGUUAAAAAUUGCUCAAGUGUUAAAUGUUGAUGUAAAAGUUGAAGAUAGUGAUAUCUGCCACCGAGUUAAAAGAAAAAACUCGAAUCCUAUCAUAGCAAGGUUUGUCAGCCACAAAGUUAAGAGAGCGCUCUACAAGAACAGAGUACGAAUGAAGACUGUAAAGUUUUCGGAGUUAUUUCCAAACGCCUCCGCGCCAGCGAGAGUUCCCUCGGAACGCAUCUUUAUAAAUGAAAAUCUGACAACAAUUCGCCGAAGGUUAGUGAAAAAGGCGACUGAUAAGAAGAAUGACGGAUUAUUACUGGGAGUUUGGACUAUUGAUGGGAACGUUUUUGUGAAGACUUGGCCGGAUGGAAAUCCUGUAAGAUUUAGUUAGUUACCUUUGACUCAAUGUUACAGCUGGUAGGUGGAAGCAUAAUGAAACUUUUAAGUAUGGGAGGGGCAUCUUAAAAGGGUUUCGAAUCGAGCGGUUUUUUCUCUAAAGUAUUUUCUUUACCUUUAAAGGUAAUUUUUUUUAAGUGUUUCCGUCCGCAGUGGUUUCUGUGCUAACUUGGUUUAGCUGUUUUCAUUUAUUUUGUUUUGCUUCGUUUACUGAUCACACUGCUUUAGGCAAGAGGGUGUUGUCUUAGAUUAACCUAUCUAAUGCAACAAGAAAAAGGAGUGAAGGUCAUCUCACUCAAUGUAAGGGGCAUUCGGAAGGCGAACGAAAAGGAGUAGCAUCUUCAGCUACCUGAAAGAUCAGAAGGCAAAAGUCUAUUUUCUUCAAGAAACAUAUUCAGAAAUUAAUGAUGAAGCUAUUUGGCAGAAUGAAUGGGAAGGUAAAAUAUUUUUUUCUCAUGGGACUAAACAUAGCAAAGGCGUUUGCAUUCUGAUAGAUCCUUCAUUGAAUUAUGUGUUGGAGUCUUCACACGCAAGCAAAUCUGGUAGAAUUGUCAUGAUUACAGUUUUGGUGAAUGGAUUGAAAAUUUCCUUUUGUAAUAUCUAUGCACCAAACAACCUACAGGAACAGUUGGAGUUUAUUCAAGAGUUGAACAAUUGCCUAAUUGACAAGGCUCAAGCUGCUAGUCUUGUUUUAGGUGGUGAUUGGAAUUGUACACUCUCAAAAAAAGAUAAAAAGGGUGAAGUGCCAUGGAAACCUUCACAAUUUAGGAAUAUGCUGUUGAUCACCAUGGAAACGUUUGAUUUAUUACAUAUACAAAGAACACGUCACCCACACCUCAAUAUUUAUACCUAUGCUUCUAAAACUCUUAAUGUUAAGACAAGUCGAGAUUAGAGUACUUCUUAAUUAGUGAAAGUUUUUUAAAGCUUGUUCAAAAAGUCGGAAGUAGCGCCUCCAUUGCACCUGAUCACAAAACGAUCUACAUCGAUUUAACGCUACCGCAAAAUAUCAAGAGAGGACCAGGGUUUUGGAAAUUUAACAACUCGCUACUCAACGAUGAAGAUUAUAUAUUUAGAAUCCUACAAAUAAUCCCCCGGCUUCGUGAAAAAUACUCUUAAUUGGAGGAUAAAAGUCCUGUUUGGGAAUUAAUGAAAAUGGAAAUAAGACAGAGCACAAUUUCUCAUGCUAAAAGAAAAGCGAAAAAUAUGUUUCUUCGCGAAGACGAGAUACAAAAGAGAAUGGAGGAGUUGGACCAAAUAAUUUGUAAUAGUAACGAUCUGCAAAACAUUGAAGACACUCUAAAUGAGUACGAUGCUCUUAAAGCCGAAGUGAAUACAAUCUACGAACAAAAAGGAAAGGCAGCAAUGCUCCGCUCUAAAUGUCGUUGGAUAGAGAAAGGAGAGCGCCCUACUAAAUAUUUUUUCAACCUAGAAAAACAAAACUAUAGAAGAAAGACUAUUACUGAACUUCGACUUGAGGACGAGAAAAUUUUAUUUGAAGAAAAUUGAAUUCUAAAUUUAAUGGAAGAUUUUUAUUACAAUCUCUAUAAAUCCAAAGGAUCUCUAUCUGAGGCUGAAUUCCAUCCGUUUACGAGUGACCUAAGUCUUCUGAAAAUUUCGGAUGACGAGCGGGAAGCGUUAGAAGGUGUCCUCUCCUUUGAUGAAUGUAAAGAGGCCUUAGAAAGCCUUAAUGACAACACCUCACCCGGCGAGGAUGGUUUUACCAUAGAAUUCUUUAAGUAUUUUUUUUAAUGUUAUUGGCUCUGAAUUGGUCGAAAGCUUUAACUAUGCUCAUGAAAAAGGACAACUUUCAAUUUCUCAAAAAAGGGGGAUUAUUACGCUUAUUGCCACACCAGAUUCCGAUUUACUGGACCUCCAAAACUGGAGGCCAAUCACCUUACUUAACACCGACUACAAGAUUGCAGCGAAAGCUCUAGCAAGGAGAAUUGAACAAAUACUUAACCAAAAAUAAUCAACUCUGAUCAAACAGGAUUUAUAGAAGGUCGCAAAAUUGGCGAGAACAUAAGGUUUAUUAGUGAUAUAAUGGAUAAUACAAAAACUGAAAAUCUAUCAGGAAUAUUAUUGUCAUUAUAGAUUUUUAAAAAGCGUUUGAUACCCGUGAUGAAUGGCCUCGUAAUAAUAAGGUGUUAGAUACCUUGAAUUUUGGAGUGUUGGAAGAUGGAUUAGCGUUUUUUAUGCAAAUAUUGAAAAAGCAACCAAAUGGUUUAAGCCCUCGAGAGGAGUAAGACAGGGGUGUCUACUGUCCCCCUACCUCUUUUUUCUCAUUGCCGAAAUUUUAGCAGCUAAAAUUCGUCAAAACAAUCUUAUUAAAGGAAUCAAUUUAUUUGGAAAUGAAGCUAAAAUAAGCCAAUUUGCGGAUGAUACUAACUUAUUUUGUGCUGAUAUUAGUUCUGUGGAAAAUGCAUUUGUUACCAUAAAUAACUUUGGAGGCAUUUCAGGCUUGCCUCUUCACGUCAAAAAAAACCAAAGCAGUAUGGUUAGGAAAGUGGUCCAAGGAUCGCUCCACACCGUUGCAGUUAACGUGGACACGCGACCCUGUCAGAAUAUUGGGAAUUCACUUUUCUUAUGAUGAAAAACAGAACAAUUACUAUAACUUUGCGAUCAAGAUCCAAAAAUUACAGACUAAUCUAGAUAUAUGGAAAUCAAGAAAUUUAAUUCUAUUUGGAAAGGUUCUUAUAAUUAAGUCGCUCGGGUUAUCACAACUUGUCUAUUCAGCUUCAAAUCUCAAUGUACCGAUCGAUUUUAUAAAUGAGCUUCCUUUGGAAGAACAAAAAGGAUAAAAUCAAACGAGAAUGUUUAUAUCAAGAUUACGGAAAGGGAGGAAUUCGUAUGCCUAACCUUGAUCUCAUGUUAAAAGCCUUACGUUUGGCGUGGCUGCCUAGACUUCUUAAGGUGUUUCGAUACAAUUUUUCAGAGGCCAUACCGAUAUUUUUCAAUCGCCUUAAAAGUGGUUUUCUCCUUGUUCGAUCGCUAUAAAAUUUUCACCAGUAACUGGCAAUAGAUUGAAAUUUGUGAAAAUAUAGUUUUAUGUAAAAUCGACAUUACUAUGACAACAAUAAACAAAAAACUUUCAAAUUGAUAGCCUGCGAAAACAUCCGUUUCUCCUCGCUCUUCGUCGCUGGGGACGUUUCGCAACGUCCCCGCGGCGAAGAGCGAGGAGAAACGGAUGUUUUCGCAAGCUAUGAAAUUGAUAAAAGCCGAAUUUUGUGUGAUCUAGACCGUCCUGCUACUGAAAAUCCAACACUAGGAACUUAAAGUUUGGUGUUUAGCAAACAAUCUCCGUAAGAAGUAAAAAAUUCUCUCUGUUUGAAUUCCGCUAAAACGAAAAUCUAUUUCAAACCUUAAAUUUUCAAUAGCCGUGAUAGAUUAUUUAAUAAAUACGUUAUAAAUUACUCAAAUUAUUCUUAAGUAGCGUCAGAAUGCAGCUUCAUAUCAUAUUUUGAUGCUAAGAAAUUUUGGUGUACUUUCGUUCUUGCAGAAUUUGGACUUUUAGCGUUUUCUUGUAUAUCUCCGAAACGACUUGAACGAAUUUUUUUAAAAUCUCUUCACAUACUCUUCAUAAUGUAUACAAAAGUGUCUGAAACUUUCAUCAGAUUGAUUCACUGCAACACCUUAAAAUUUCAAGACAAACUUAUCCUACGAACCGGUCCAAAAUUCACUGUUUUGACGUUAUGCUAAUUUUUCCAAAUUAAUGCGGACGACACAUAUAUCCAUGACUAGUACAUUUCAGUGUGAGUAUUGUCAAUGUUUUACAUUCAAAAGAUGCGAUAAAUCCAACUUGUACUAGUCAUGGAGGUAUGCAUAGUGAGCAUUAGGGAAAGUGUAUUUAGGUGGUUUAACUCUAAGAAUAAAACCAAUUUACUUCCUUUAUUGAAAGAAUCUUUAUUUGGACUUUCCGAAAAUGUACUGAACAUUAGCGGACUUUCAACAAAAUUAAACUAUACACUCUGUUAUUUAUGAGAUUUUACAUUUAUUCCUGUAAACUUCAUAACAAAGCACUGACUCUUUCAGACUUUGCCAAACAAAUAUAAUUUAAAUACCAGUUAGGAAAAUUGUGAUUGAUUAACUCUGUGUAGUUGUAUAGUCAAUGUCAAUUGUAAGUUACAUUCGUCUCGUCCCUUUUUUUUCCAGCUUUUUUCUAUUCCUUAGUACCUAAUUAUGUGCCUCUUUGUAACUUUAACAGUGUGAUUUAAAUAAAAUAAAAUUAUUGAAAAAAAAAAAUGAUGCCAUGCUUGAUACCCUUUUGCUUGUGCUUGUAAUACAGUGUAUUUUCUUUUUCUGAAUAAAGGUACCGAGAGAGAAGGUUAAUUUUCAUUUGGAAACUGCCGCCAAACUUCAUCUUGACCUUGCAUGUGUGAAGCUGAAUAAAAACAACGAGGAAUUCCAAGAAGUAACCAAAAAACUUGAAGCUAAAAUUGAUGCCCUGGAAAAGCAAGUCGAAGACAAGUGGAAUUUUCAACAAAAGUUAACCAGAGAUUUGAGUGUCAAGCUCAAUAGGGAAGUUUUGAAAUUAAAGGAGGAAUCACCUCCUUUUGUAUGGAAAAUUAGUGGAUUUAACGGGCUGCUUAAGUCAGCAAAGAAAGGAAUAAACACUGAUGUAGAAAGUAGCCCCUUUUUUACCGGACCCGUAGGAUAUAAGUUAUACGUAUAUAUGUACCCAAAUGGGGACGCUGACGGAAAGAACACUCAUUUGUCAGUUUAUGUCAGUUUACUGAAAGGGAAAUAUGAUGCAAUAUUGCCCUGGCCUUUUAGCAAAACAGUGACAUUUACACUUAUUGAUCAGCAAGAAAAUGAAUUACAUGCAAACAAUGUUGUUGUGAUACUUACCCCAGGUCCAGCAAAUGACUGUUUUGCUCGGCCGUUAGAUUCUAACGAUGGUUAUGGGUUUUCUCGCUUUAUAUCUCACCAGGAACUCCGAACAAGACGUUACAUUGUAGAUGACACAUUAUUUCUCAAAGUUCAAUGUAGUUCUUCAGAUUAG